AUGCCCAACAACUAUGCUCUUGCUGUCAAGAUAGGCACUCUUCAACUUAUAUGCCUUUACUUACCACCCUCUAUGCCCACUCAUGAAGCUCUUGAUAUUCUCUCAGCCAUUCCUUUGACUGAUGAUACUAUUAUAUGUGGCGAUUUUAAUGCACACCUUGGUUCAGUAACUGGUGACUAUGCAUCUAACCCUUGUGGUGUAGCUUUAGAGCAAUGGCUUGAAGAACAAUCUUUAACUGUCCUCAAUGGAGUUUUCUCACCAUGCACACCCACAUACAUUUCAUUUUGUAACGAAGUUGAAAUCAGCAGCAUCAUUGACCUUUUCAUCACCAACACUAACUUCGCCAACCCUUCUUUACACAUUGCAACCAAACUAUCUUUAGGCUCUGAUCACUGA